GGCCCAAGCUCUGGCGAAGCGGCUGCUUCGCUUCCUCGUGUUGUAAGUGACGUGCACGUUGAGUGCGAAAUAGUUCUUUAGCGGGAUGCCGCGGGUUGUGGAAUUCCUUUUCGCAUGGCUGCUGCACAACCACCUGGCCUUGGCAGCACGAAUUGCAGGUUCAGAUCAUUUGCAGCUACACGAAGCCCGUGCGGGGCCUUUCAAGAAGAGUGAUCGUAUUGCCAUUGUGGGCGCGGGUCCCGGCGGAGUCCACAUGGCAAGCCGAUUGAAGCAAUUGGGCUAUACCCAGACGACGCUGUUGGAACGCAGCGACCGUGUGGGUGGGAAGUCUCUGACGAUCUACCUCAACGAGACAGGGGAAUGUGUCCAGAAACAGGAUCCAGAGACAGGGAAGGUGGACACAACCUCCUGCGUGGCACAUGAGAUGGGGACCUGCUUCCUUCACAAUGGCUAUCACACCAUCAGGGAUUUGGUGGACGAGUAUGGCUUGACCCAGAUUGUGGCACCCGAGGGCCGUGCCAUGUUCUCCCACUAUGCGAAGGAUCAAUACCACUCGCAGACGAUGCAGGAGUUUGUGACUGCCUCCAUCAUGGAUGGGAUCAAGAAAGGCACUAUCACAGUCCCAGUAUGGGCGGUGACCCAGAAGCUGAAAGUCUUGGUGGCGCUGGUCUCUGCAGUGAAGCGUUACAAUGAUCUGCACGAGGAGAUCUUUGGCAAAGUGGAGUUUUCCAUGCCUGAACGUCUGAGUGAGAACAACUUGCGCCGGAUCGACAUGACCUUCCUGGAGUUUCUAGAGAAGAACGACUUGCACGCGCUCAGUGGCUUCCUGAUGUUUGCACACGCAGCACAGGGAUAUGGCUAUGUCACGACCAUCCCUGCCUUCUAUGGGCUUUGGUGGAUCUCUCCCGAGCUUCUGAACGGAUACGUUCAGAUGAGCUUCCACCAGCAGCUGGAGAAGUACCUCCUCUUUGGCACGAACCCAGUCAGUAAGAUCAGCGAAGCGAUGAUGGGAUCUGGAGUGCAAGACCUGGUGCGGUGGCUGGUGGGGGGCACUGCCGAUGUGGUGGCUCGUACCACCACCAUGCUGCCGGAAGGAUAUCAGAAGAUUUGGACCACCAUCGCAGAGAAGGAUGCCUUGGAUGUUCGCUUCGGUGUAGAGAUCUUGAAUAUCGACCGGAAGUUGAACGAUCCAACAGCGCCAGUGAAGAUCAAGUACCGACAGGACGGGAAGUUGGUGUACGAGGACUACGACUUUCUCAUCUACACUGCGCCACACGUUCACGCCAAAAAGUAUGUGAAGGACGUAACUCCUGAAGAGGAGCGAAUCUUUGACAGCUUAAACAGUUUCGUUUUGGCCACAACCCUUUACACCAGUGCGCCGGUGGUGGACUAUACCGAUGACACGGAACGGCCCAUCAUGUACAGCGCGGACAAAAUGUCGGGCCCCAAGGCCGAUGGAUCAUGGUAUGCCGACCGCUACGAUGACAUCAUUUUCGGUGAGGUCUACAAUCCGGAAGUCCAAGUUCGAGUGGGAUAUCAGUUCUACGAGAACUUUUGCCCCACCGGGGAGGAGAUGCUGUGUGACAGCGACCGAACGCCGAAUCAGAAGAGCAUCAUGAGAACAGCGCCCACGGUGCUGGAGAAGUUCAAAGAGGAGCUGGAGAAGCAGCAAGUGAAGGAUGUCACGAUUUUGCGCCAGUUCCCUUGGCCCUACUUCCACCACUUCUCUGGUGAAGCCAUCCAACAAGGCGAAUUCUUCGUCCUUUGCACGAGACGGUGAGACGAUGACGAUGAUUUUUCGGUGAAUCAAGAUGUGGAGACGGUUGCCCACUUUGGUUUCUUGAGGAAGUCGGAGGUGUAGACCUUUGCCUCCCGUGGCCAGGUAUGCCUUGGGAUCUCGUUCAACUCCAAGGCCAACACAAGACAUGGUGGAUUGGCGCCUCCGCUUCCUUUGAAUCUGUUCAUGAUGUCACCAACUACAACCUCAUGCUUUUGAAGAUGUACUUGGGUGCUCGUGUAGAGUCCGGGCGUGUGAGCUGAGUCACUGAAGAAGUGGCUGAGCACACAUGCCGAUGCUCCGAUCAUUUUGUACUGAGCACAACUAAACCCCGUAGAGGCCAAAAAAGUGCAGAUGUUCUGAAUCUUUGCAUGCUUCAUUCCAUUUGGACUGGAAGGAAAGGUGUU